AAUUUCAGUUAGGCAAUGCUAAUGUACGGAAAGGUUGGCCAAAUGAAUGGAAUUAAAGGAUGGGCUGAACCACUUCAUAUAAGCAUUAUCGUCUUGUCCCAAAAUGUUGAACUGAUUGAGCAGUUGAAAACCAUUAUACCUAAAAUUGGAACUUCUGAGGAAAAAAAUUUGAGGAUUGGAUGUGAUGUUAUUGAACAUCGAAUUGAAAUACACGAUUAUGGAAGUCCUUGGAUUGAGCUUCGUGUUGAUGUAAUGUCCUCUUGUUGGAAGCGAACAUUUCCCAAAAUGGCAUCGAUGUUUCAAAGUUCAACCAGUGAAUUUUCUGGAAAGUAUACACCUAUACUUCAGGCAGCAGAGCGUGGUUUUUUCAUGGAUGAUUGCGUGUCAGCUGAGCUCCAAGUUGAUAUACAGUCCAUCCACCAUGGCAAUUUGCUCGAUCCGGGAACAUUUUGUUCGCAUUUCACUCGAGAAAUACCGGAACAGAUUAAUAGAACAAAAUUGGCAGAGUAUAUCAAAGUGUUAGCAAGCUUAUCGUCUUGCAAUGUACGUACUCCAAUGUACGUUGAUUUUGAACAUGACCGAAAUAUGUUCACUGUACGAUUCGCUGUUUUAGAUGGGUACAGACCGCGAGAGAUGGACAGUGCGGACAAUGAAAAGCUUGUAGAGGGGUCAAUGUUUGCUAUAAAGGUUCAUUACAUCUCCCUACGUCGUAUUUUAGUUGACACAAGAGUUUUAGUUGACACAAACAGGAGAACUUGUAUAACGCGAAUUUAUUUCCAUCUGAAUUAUCCUCCUGAAAUACGUAGAUUUCGUCAAAAACUGAAUUUGCUGCGAGGACCAAAAAUGGAAGUAGUUGGUGAACGAUUCAGCUCCAUUUCGUGCCAUUUCAAUACUUUUGGUGAUAAAUUAUGUGUAAGUAAUAAAUGGAGAAUUAUAAUUAGUUUUGCAAUAAUUAUUGUUAAAGAGCUGCAAAUAUUUUCAGUUGACACAAGAGUUUUAGUUGACACAAACAGGAGAACUUGUAUAACGCGAAUUUAUUUCCAUCUGAAUUAUCCUCCUGAAAUACGUAGAUUUCGUCAAAAACUGAAUUUGCUGCGAGGACCAAAAAUGGAAGUAGUUGGUGAACGAUUCAGGUUUUAUCCAGAAACAGAUUUUCAAAAAGAUGUUAACGCGGCAGUCACCGCUAUUAACGAUAGUCCAGUCUUUUGUUUGCAGUUCACAGAAAUGACGAAUAAUGAUGUGUUGUAUAGGCUAUUGAGUAGGUUGCAUGCCCGCGUCAACCUUCCGAUUGAAUUCGCCAAUGUACGGCUUUCAUAUUUUCCCGUCGACAAUUACGUGGCAUUACCAGUUCGAAUGAUUGGUUGUGACUAUCGAAAAUGUGCUAGUGAGGAGGCAAUUCUACAAAGCGGCAAAUUAUAUGAGCCCAUGGAACCGAAUGUUGAUAGGACUUGGUCCAAAAAACUAAGGUCACUUUCUUUUGGACUGGAAUAUUUGAUUGCAGCAUUAUUGUCACGUGGUGCUGUCGUAAAAGAUCAGUUGCUGAGAUCUAUUGAAUCAAGAAAUCAAUUUCUAAUGCAUGUGGUGGAUAGCUACGAGCAAGACGAAGCUAUAACACUAGAAGUGUUGGAACGUUUGAUCAAUAUGGUCGAUGAAAUGAAAAAUAUACCACCAUUGAUAAGUGCAUUUGAUAAUAUACAUAAGAGUAUUUUUGUAAAGAAGGACUUGCUUGCUGAGAUACACGAAAGAAGUGCCAACGAAGGAUUUCAACGUGUUCGAAAGGCUGUGAUAACACCUACUCGAAUGCUUCUCGUAGUUCCGGAAUUGCUGAUGGGAAAUCGCGUACUGCGUGAAUUUGAUGAACAUGGUGAUCGUGCGUUACGGAUUCAGUUUCGUGAUGAUGAUGGUACACAUCUAAGGCGCAACAAAGUCGGAUCAUACAUUAUUGAAACAACAGUUCAUAAUUGCUUACUACAUGGAAUUUACAUAUCAAAUUCUCACUUUGUUUACUUGGCUUCUUCAAACUCUCAGAUGCGUGACAAUGGUUGUUAUUUCUUUAAUGAUGGUGAUGAUGGUAGAGUGGGAAAGAUUCGCGAGAAACUUGGCAAAUUUGAUCGUACUAAUAUUCCAAAGUUAAUGUCUCGAAUGGGUCAGUGUUUCACGCAGUCAAAGGAAAGUGAUGUUGUUUUGAAACGUAAAAAAUAUAAUAAAACAUACGAUGUGAUAGGUGGGAAAGAUUCAUGUGGAGAACCGUUUAUUUUCUCAGAUGGUGUAGGGAAAUUAUCAGAAGAUUUUGCCGAGCGAAUUGCUAAAGAUUUGGGUUUGAACAAAUGUGUCCCUAGUUGUUUCCAAUUCAGGCUUCGAGGCUUAAAAGGCGUGCUUUCUGUUGAUCCAGCAUUGCGACAACGCCGAUUAUGGGCUGAGUGCAAUGAUGUAGAGGAUAAAAAUAGGAAAACUGAAAAAGUGAACGAUUUAGAUGUACUGUUUAGACCAUCGCAGGAUAAAUUCCAUGCACCAAGGAAAGAAAUGAUAGAGAUUGUGAAAUAUUCCAGUCCAACACCAGUCUGUUUAAAUAGACCGUUUAUUAAUAUUCUGGAUCAGGUAAGCGAUAUGCAGGGAUUUGAUGUACAUAGACGCAUAGUUCAUCGCAUACAUGGUUUACUAGAUCGCCAGCUAUUGCAACUCUCUGAUGCGCUAAUGAGUGAAAACAAGUGUCGUGAAAGACUAGCAGAGUUUCCGAGACGGAUCAAUGUGCAAUAUUUAUCAUUAGCACGAGGUUUCACCCUUACACAGGAACCAUUUUUUCGUGGUCUGCUAAUUGCAAGUGUUCGAUUCACGUUACAAAAGCAAUUAUUUAAGGAACAAAUUCAAAUACCAGCAAAUCUUGGUCGAACUAUGUUUGGUAUUCUGGAUGAGACUGGACUACUUCAAUAUGGACAAGUAUUUGUACAAUUUACCAAUAACGUUUCUUUGAAGACACCAUCAAAGGCUGCAGCAAAAACAAUAGUUAAAGGUCCCGUGUUAAUAACAAAAAAUCCGUCAAUAGUUGCUGGUGAUGUAAGGGUCUUCGAGGCUAUUGAUUUACCUGAAUUACGGCAUUUGGUUGAUGUAGUUGUUUUUCCGCAGCAUGGACCCCGACCACAUACGGAUGAAAUGGCCGGAUCUGAUUUGGAUGGCGAUGAAUAUAGCGUUAUAUGGGAUGAUCAAAUGUUAUUUGAUCAUAAUGAAGAGCCGAUGGAUUUCAGUAAGCUUGUUCGACCCCCUGAUCUUCUAGAGGAGGAUGAAGUUGUACGUGAAAUGCGCCGUUUUUAUGUUAAAUAUAUCAUGCAAGAUUCAGUUGGUGUUAUAGCGAAUGCUUUUCUCGCAAAUUCUGAUAUGUUUGGAAUUGCCAGUGAUAUUUGCACUAGUAUAGCAGAAAAGCAUUCUCAGUCUGUGGAUUUUCCGAAAACAGGAUGGCCUCCGCGGCCAUUAGUCAAAGAAUGGAGCAAAGGACCAGAUGGAAAAAUUAUGCCACCUGAGCGUCCAGAACGAUGGCCUGAUUUUAUGUGCAAAACUCAUGAACCUUCAUAUGUUUCAACUCGCCUCGUAGGGCAGUUAUUCAGGCGCAUCCGUCUAGUUCAUGAUGUCCUUACAAUAACCGCUGUUUCCGAAGGGCAUUCACAAAUAGUGGUGGAUCCCCUCUUAGAAUACCAUGGUUGGGAAAGUUAUGAGAAUAAUGCGAAUUUAAAUUUGAUAGCAUACUCCGCUCAUAUUAAGGCUCUUAUGGAUAAUUAUGGAAUAGAAGAUGAAUAUCAGCUAUUCUCUGGUUGUUUCAGUAAAAUUCGUAAUCGAAUCAGUGAUAGGGACACAGAUGAUAUGUCUCAGUUUAAUACCAAUUUUUUUAUUGAGCAAAAACUUACGAAUAUAUUUAUGAGUUUCCGCUCUAGUUUCUUUGCUGAGUUUGGCGAUUUUAUGUCCUGUACGGAACCAGAUGAUGAUUUUCAUAGCAAAGAUAUGACUGAGCGACGAUACUGUAAAUGUCCAACCAUGGAGAUGAAGAAGAAAGCAUCCGCUUAUUACAUCGUUUGCUAUCGCAAAGCUGUGAAUGGGAUAGGUGAAAGAUUGCUAUCAUUUCCUUGGAUCGCAUGGGACAUACUUGCUGAAAUAAAAAAAGAGAAUUGUGUGAUAACAUCGCAAAAUAUAUUAACCACCGAUCCUCUAUAUGACCACAUAUCAAACAUUCUGACAUGUUUUUGUGGUGAUAAUGAAAUGGAUUUUGAUCAAACUAUAAGAUUUUUAACGGAAGGUGCAUCUGGUCUACAUGCCAUAAAGCGAUAUUGCAGAAAAUAUAAAGGGUUGGACAAAUUAUUUUACGUGUUAUGCAAAUGGGGUGAACAACAACGAUUAUUUGAAGGACGACUAAAGCGAGAGCAUUUAUGUUUGUUGCUAAUACAGUAUGGUUUGGGAUAUAUAAGCGGUGAAAACAUGCGGAGCUAUGUUUUUCUUGAACAGACUGAUGAAAUUCCUCCGGAAAAUUCAAAUGAAGAUCAAGAUUUAAACAACCUAAUUGGUGGUAUCGGCAAAUGUUUCCUGCGAUUUCUUCAAUAUUUGAGUUCACGAUCAUUCGAGAUAAUGAAAGUUUUUAAUUUUAUGCAACCAAAUCUCGGAUAUCAGUCAAUAUUGAUGCGUGGCCAGUGGUUCGAUUUGCAUCAGGUGGCUGUCAAAACUUUCUAUCGAAUAGUGCUUACUAAUCAUUUCGAUGAAUUGCCAGUAUUUGAAAGAGGGCAGAUGUCAGCUAUUACUUUAUCUCUACAGAGUUUUAUCGAAGCUGAACCUUUUACUAUCGAAUUACCGGAAGAUUUGCGAUCUCAUGAUGAACAUUUGAGAAUUAAAAUGAUGAAAUAUUCGGGCGUGCGCUAUCUACAUUUGAGAAGAAUCCCAUAUAGAAAAAAUCGAGUUGUGGUAUCAGCAUUUGGUACGUUGGAGUCAUUGCAUCGAUUACGUGAUAUACUUGCUGUGAAACCUACCUCAAAUAUACAAGCUGACAGUAAAACACGCAGUGAUAUGAUGCUUCGAUUGGUCUAUGAGCGGAUCCAGGAAUUGCCUUAAAAAUUUUCUGCUAAUAGCGGUAUUUGCUGUCAUGAUCUCCCAAGAAACCGUUAGGGAUUUUGUUAAAUGUGAUAAAAACUGUCUGAACUUUCGAACUCUACUUAUCUAAAGUUUUGUAAAUUUUUGUCAUUAAUUUUAUUGAUAUAAUAAUACGGAUUUGUUCGUUAUUGAAUUCAGUAUUAUAGUAUAUAAGCUGACAGGUUCCGAUUUGUAAUGAGUUGGACCCCCUAAUACCAUGUUUAAAUUGAUCUCAUCUAGGUUCUUAAUGAUUGAUCA